UCCUCGGCCGGCGGGGGCUGCCCGGAGCUGGCGGCAGCGGCGCCCCAGCCCCAGCCCCUCUCCCGGAUCCCACGCGGCCCAGGCGGGCAGCGCCUCCCUGGGACCGGAUCGGCUGGCAGGAGGACGUGAGGAGCCCGCGGAGCCCAGCGGCGAUCUCCGGGGUGGGGGGGCCCCCCAGGCCCGGCCCUGUCACCGCACCCGCAUGGCCUCCGGAGUGGGCGCGGCCUUCGAGGAGCUGCCGCACGACGGCACGUGUGACCAGUGCGAGCCCGACGAGGCGCCGGGGGCCGAGGAAGUGUGCCGGGAAUGCGGCUUCUGCUACUGCCGCCGCCACGCCGAGGGCCACCGGCUCAAGUUCCCCGGGCACCACCUGGCCCAGUACGUGCACGGCGCCGCCCAGGCCUGGGCCCCCCGAGCCCAGCGGGAAGGCGAGGGGAAGGCCAAGGUGGAGGAGGAGGAGGAGGGCCGCGUAGAGGGCGAGGCGGGGGAGCAGAGCGAGUCCCAGGAAGACAGUGACUCCGAAGAAGAAGAAGAAGAGAGCGAGACGGAGGAAGAGAGUGAGGAGAGCGAGGAAGAGAGCGAAGACGACACUGAGGAAGACAUGGAGGACGAGCAAGAGAGCGAGGCGGAGGAAGACAACCACGAAGAUGGAGAGUCGGAGGCGGAGGGGGAAACCGAGGCAGAGAGUGAAUUUGACCCAGAGAUAGAAAUGGAGGCGGAGAGAGUGGCCCAGAGGAAGUGUCCGGACCAUGGGCUCGAUUUGAGCACCUACUGCCAGGAAGAUAAGCAGCUCAUCUGCGUCCUGUGUCCAGUCAUUGGGGCCCACCAGGGCCACCAACUCUCCACCCUGGACGAAGCCUUCGAGGAGCUGAGAAGCAAAGACUCUGGCGGAUUAAAGGCGGCUAUGAUAGAAUUGGUGGAAAGGUUAAAGUUCAAGAGCUCAGACCCUAAAGUAACGCGGGACCAGAUGAAGGCGUUUAUACAGCAGGAAUUUAAGAAAGUUCAGAAAGUGAUUGCUGAUGAGGAACAGAAGGCCCUUCAUCUAGUGGACAUCCAGGAAGCGAUGGCCACAGCUCAUGUGACUGAGAUUCUGGCAGACAUCCAAUCCCACAUGGACAGGUUGAUGACUCAGAUGGCCCAAGCCAAGGAACAACUCGAUACCUCUAACGAAGCAGCUGAGCCAAAGGCAGAGGGUGACGAGGAUGGACUCAGUGGGGCCAGUGACGAAGAGGAUACAUGAAGACUCGCCAUCCCCAGCGGAGAACCAUUCCUCCCCCCCUGUGUGUGUGACAGCGUGUAUGUAACGGCUUCUGACUCUGUGAAAGCUGCCCGGCAACCAAUGUCCUUCCACCCAUACGUCCCCAGACCCUCAGCGGCCAUAGCUCUCCGGGGAUGCCAGGUGCAUGCUCGCUGACUGUGUGCUUCUCAUUCUUGUGUCGUGGUGGGUUAGGGAAGAGUGCCCCUCGGAUCAGUCAGGAGCAACUGGGAAGGGUCCUUCAGGGAGCCCCUCCAUGGCUGCUUUGAACUGGCUCAGGAAGCCAGCCCCUGGAAUAUUAGGGACCCAGACGUACCUCCUCGCUAGGAAGACUCUGGAAUAACCUCGAAGGGCAGUCAGAAUAUUUUCCCUACCUGCCACCUUAUUCCUAUUGAAGCAUGAAAUCAGUGAGGCAGAGUAGGGCUGGACCCACAUAAAUAGUCUCUAAAAGUCCAGUGCAUUUGUGAAAAGGUGGUUUCGUGAAAUAAGAUGGAUGGUUUAAAAACAGGGUUGGAGAAAGAGUUAAAAUUCAGACAUAUAUAGAGAUAUUUUUAGUACAUGAGGUUAUCCAGGACUUCAGAUUCAUAAUCCAGUGCUGUGGAAAUGAAAAAAAAAAAAAAAAAAGAUUGAAGACUUAGAAAGGAAAUAACAUUAUAAAAAAAAAAAAAAAAAGAGGACCAAAGAGUCUGAUUAAACAUUGAAAUCAGUUUUCUGAACUCAAAUUGCCUGCGUUUCCAAAACAGUCAGUGAAGGAUCUCAUGGACCUGAGUGAUUGGGUGAGUUCUGAGGUUUGAUGAAUUUUGUCACAUGAAAGACUGGGAUGUGUAUUACCAAGUGGGAAUUUUCAAUGUAGGUUUUUGUCCGUCGCUCCCCUCUCCCCCGCCACACACACACACACACACACUUAGCCUAAUGUGGCUUAAAUGCAGUGUGGGGAGAGUCCUUGUCACUCACGAUGUUCUGAAUGGAGCGCUGAGCUUCGUCUCUCAGUAGAUACCCUCCCUGCACGGCAGCCGGAGCCCCUCUGCCCGUGCACUCCCCGCCAGCUCCACCCAGCAUCUCCCCGCCGACCCUCCUCUCUAGUCACGUGAGCAGACACAUCAUGCUCCCAGAUCCCAGCUCCUCACAGCCAGGUUUUCAUGCUCAAAUGAGCAGUGAUGUCCUACGGAAUGCCACGCUGCUGAACACCUGCAUCUUCUGCAGCAUCCGUCUUACUUAGAUAGUUUGGAAUCCAGGGGUGACCUUAUUUUUGGGUAAAACAAACAGUUGUAUCAUGAAGUCAAAUGUCUGGAGACAUCGACGUGGUUAAGGUAAAAUGGGAGCCUCCACAGGAAAUUCUCGUUUGCAGGUGGGAUGUGUGCUCCCUCUCCUUGGCCUUUGGUGUUCAUUUCUGAGAAGGACGACUGGAACUGUCUCCUGGCGUCCCUGGGGCUCCUGCUGACUGGGGCCUACACUUCUGGUGCCUCUGAGGCACCCAAGGAGCCUGCCCUGGGAGACCCCCCUCUUCCUGCCUGCUGCCUGCCUGCCUGACCCCUGGACCCAUUACAUAGCUUUGGGGCCCGCUGACUUUUGUGUGCACAGCAUGGUUUUGAGGCAGAAACAAUACUUACGUGCUGUAGGAAUCCUAUGUAUAUCAUUGUUCAGUUCUGUGCAUGCUACUCAGUGACCAUUCCUUUGGUGCCAGGAGGCUACCAGGCAUGUAAACUCUGGGUUAGGGUUAUCCUAGCUCACUAGAUAUGUCAGGGCUUAUUUAUCAAUUUGAAAGGAGUUUGGGCUGUUAAGGGGGGGAAAGGGUAUUUUUCUCUCAAACUAGUAGCCAAUAAAUGGCCAAGACAAUGGCGCUGUACCUGUCUGCCUGCAAAGGCCGGAGAAUCCCGCAUAACACUGACUACCGCCCCAACCCAUCUGACGAAACGCCCCUUAAAGAAGAACCAAUGGCCUCUUAAAAUAAGAGCUUAAAAACCAGACGAUUAAGAUUUGGAAACUUGUGUUAUCUUCUCCAAAUAAUUCUUUUUCCAUCUCUACAGAGUAGCCUUGUCUUAGCAAUGGACAGGUCACUGGCCUCCUCAUACCUGAGCCCAUGUUACUUUAAAUCGGUAUUUGGGAAACCCAAGCAUUUAUGCAGAGGAUAUGAGGAAAUACGAAGAUGCAUGCCAGCCUGUCUCCAUAAGUGAUCGUAUCCCUGUAGUCCUCAAGAAAAGCACUUCUGCUUUUCCUCAGAGAGGGUUUCAGACUCACUUUAUGAGUUCCUGCUGUCCUCAGCACCUGAUAAAACUUUAAGCAGGGAAGCAUGAAACAGUGCAGCAGCGUCUGCCAGGCUCCCGAGUUCCUGCCGGCAGCGUUGCCAACAUCAGAACGAGGAUGAUUCCUGCAGCGGCCCUGGCUUCCCAGAGCUGCAGCUGCCGGCACCGUGAGGCCCAGCGUGGUGAGGCCUCCCUCCCGCAGGUCCUACACACUGUGCUCCAAGUCCUGUCCUGGCUGCCGCAGGCUCUGCAGAAAUCCCAGGAGAGGGCAUGCAGGCAGGCAGCCAGUGAGCAUCUUCAGGAUGAACUGGGUCCCAACACCAAUGCCUGGCUGCCUUCCAAAUAUCGGGUGUCCGGAGGCCGGGGGGUGGGGGCUUGUUUUUAUUUGAUGUCAUUAAAUUCAGUGCAAUUCCAAGAAAUGCUUGGAGCCUCAGCUCUGACAACCAGGAAGGGAAAUAACCUAUACUGGGGACCAACUACGGACCAGGCCCUGUACUAGGCCCCCGUUCUCAGAUGACGAAGCCGAUUGGGAGUGCAAGACUCACUUGCCUUGACCUACUAGGAAAUAUUGGAGCCGGGUUGUGAGCCCCGCUCUCCCUAACUCUGUGGCCCACGGUCCAUCUCAGUACAGAGGGCGAAAGGCGGCAGCGCCCCCCCUGCAGUGCGACCUCCCACUUGAUGACUUCUUUUUCAGAAUUACAUUGCGUGGCUGUGGUUUGGGCCCAGAAAAGGCAUCAAAGUUGCCUAUUCUUCCACUUCAGCGGGGGCAUUAAGUACAAGUUGCUAAUUGAAGCCCGCCCCCAGGAGCCGUCUCCCGUAAGAAAAGAAUUUCUGGGCCUUCAAGAGUAUGUAGCUUCUCAGCAGCAGUAAAGGGGAAGGGUGUCUGCUGUUAGGAGAGGAAGCCUUCAUGUUUCAGUCACCUCGCCGGGUCUGUGCGUGGCUGACACCUGGUAUGCGUGUGGGCAUCAAGAUAAGUGUAUGUGUAUGUACACACACGCACACAAUGUAAGGACAAAGGGAAUUCAAAGCAGCCCCUCGUGAUUCUGCAUGCCACCGCGAAGGCGUCCACCAGCCCUGAUUACACAUGUCUGCAGACAUGCCGGAGCUUAGGGGCUGACGGGAUGCUAACAGGAGGAGCGGCUCCCUGGCAGAGGUGGCCAGGCCCUAAAGCACUGAGCCCGGGUGGCAGCCCUACUCCGGGUGGUCUAGCGAAAAGGGAAGCCAGCCCAUUCUGGGGGUCUGAGAGUCUGACCCCUCCGGUGAGCCUGUGGGCACAGCUGCCGAAUUCACAACCGGUAGGAGAGGCAGGGCCCCGAGGCCUCUUCCCACCAGAAAACAUUCUCCUGCCUGGAACCCCACACUCACGUGAUGGCUGCUCAGUGCGUGCUUUUUGAUAAAAUCCGUAGCAAUGUUUUUGUGUUUAAAGAAUAAAUCUCAUUGGGGAAGGUCUCGGCCCACCCCAGAGAGCAAAAGAUGGCCCAUGGGGAGACAUCUCAUCGUGUUGUCUGUACCCAGCAUUACCUGCGGCCCCCGCCCCAGCCGAUUCCAAGCGCCAUAAGGCCAGGCAGUUCUGCCCUCCGGGGCCUGCCAGGUAAAACAGUGCCAUUCGGAACUGAGAACACACCAGAAACCGCAGAACAUGCGUCAGAGCAAGAAAAUGGAAAUAAAUUCAGACAGUCGUCCGUCUGCUGGUGUAAAAAAGUGCCACAGAGCCCGGGCUGGGCGUGAUGUGACCUUGAGGGGACAAUAGAUUCAUACUUAAUGGGAGUUAAACCUGACAGGUCUCUCUACAGUGACAGGCGCUACUGCCUGGGUGGGAGAACACGAGCUGCUGGCCUCUGCCUGUUGUCCCGUGCAGUCCCCUCCCUCCUUACUCAUCGUGUCCCCCCCCCACCCCCCCCCCCGGUGGUCUAGUGAAAAGGGAAGUCUGCCAACCGAUUCUGGGGAUCUGUUACGCUAAACAAGGGAGCACUCAAUCUUUCAAGGGAACCACGCGUUUGAGUUAAUGUUUCAGUACAUCAUCUUCAUACUGUAAAUUAUUUUGUAAGAGCGAUUUACCGCCAUCCCAGGAUGUUUGGACUCAGCGCCCCUGUGCAUUUGGAAAUCAAUAAACUAUUAC